UUUUUUUUUUUUUUUUUUUAAUUCUACUUUAUUUUUGCUGGUCUCUCUCUCUCUGGUUCUCCAUGGCUCAUGUGAGGUGUCUCUGGUGCUGGUUGUCCAUGCUGUGGGCUGUCUGCCUGUUACUUACCCUCAUCCCGAGUUCCAGUGAAGCAGCCAUUUACCAUCAUUCAGGCAAAUGCAAGAACAAGGAUAAGCUCUUCAAAGUAGGACAGACGUUCACAAACGGCUGUGACAAGUGCUACUGCCACGAGAUGGGCUUCACCUGCUUCACCCCGAUGAAGCCCACCUCUUGGCCUAAGAAAUGCAUGCGAAUCCCAGUAGACUGCGGAUACCGGAUCGUUUACCGGGAAAACCCGGAGAAGGAGUGCCGGGCCUACAGCUGGAUCGGGUGAAGUGGGAUUUCAACCCAUCAGUCAACAUCCAUGCAGUGUUCAGAUUCCAGAACACUGCUGAACUGAGGCAUCUUUGGUGCGGGCACAUUUUCAUUAUUCUGGAAACACUAUAUAUAAUUUUCUAUUGCAAUGCCACAUAGUACAAAAACUUUGUGCUGCAGGAGUGAAAUCAGCCUACAACAGGUGGCGCUGCAGUAAAAGGUAAAAUAUUAUAAAAAGACAGAACCAUAAAUUAAAAAAACAAAACAAAAAAACAUUGAAUAAACUUGGCUGUUUCACUGCAACUAAGAUACACCGUGACUGAAAUUGCAAGAAAACCAGUAUAAUCCUGAAACCCUGCUUCAGUUGCAAACAGUAUCAUCUGAGCUAUUUUAACGUGUUUAUUAAUGGGCAGCUAAAUACUAUAUUUUAAAAAGAUAUGUAAAGAAAACCAGGGACUGUCCCUAAAAACUAGGGUGUGUAGGUCUUCCUUUGUAUGAGACUUGGUAAUCUUACUGUGUAAUCUUAUGAUUUUUAAAGUGUAAAUCUAUUUACAAAAUCCUCAGCAAGUUAUUAUUGAUAUUAUUUGUGUUAUGCUAACAGCCUGACAACACUGCCUUUGAACCAAGGAAGUUAACGGUUUUAAGUUUAUUCAUUAAACAGACUAUGGUUAGUUAUGACCAAUAACAGGAUUGUGUAUGUAUAUAUAAAUUGUAUAGCUCAAUAAUAUAACUCCAUAUAGCAAAUAUAUAGUAAUGUUUAAAUAUGUCUGCAAAAACUGUAUACAUAAAAAUCAUAAACUCUUGAAAUGGGCUGUUUCCCAAUAAUUUGCUUUAAUCUUUAAUGUAUCCUGUUUGCAAAUCAGGAACGAAUUAGUGGUACAGGACACCUUGUCUCAUACAUGUGUAUUUAGUUCAUAAAUUGUGAGCCGAAUGACUUGUGAUAAUUAUGACUGUCAGAGGGUCACAAGCAGAUUUUUUGUGACAAACCCUGGGCACUCGUGGAAGUUAAAAAGAGCCUGGAUAUACAAUGGAAUUGCUUUCUCAAUGUUUCGAUAAAAAGAUUUUUUGGGAAACUGUACCCACAUUGUUUUAUGUACAAUUAAGACCAGUAUAGUUCCCUGCUGGAAUUUACUUACAUAUCAAAAUAUGUAUGCUGUGUAAUAUUUUUACUUUUGUUUAAAUGGAGUUUAUUUUAUUCAAUAAAGUAUGUCGAUUUACAACAUAUUUUGCAAGCCAAUUGUGUACUGUGUAUUGCAAGCCAACCACUCAACCUACUGCAGAGCUGGACAGUAAUGACAUUACAUCUACAUUCAUUAUUAAUCCAGUCCAAUUGGAUAUUGAGCACAUUGCAGGAUUGCUGUGAGGCGCCAAGAAGCAACUUACUGUUGGCGACAACCGUGCAGCUUCCAGCAGCUCUAUAGCAGUGGUUCUCAAUGUUUGAGAAGUGCUCUUUCACUGGAGUAAAAAAAAAAAAAAGGACUAAAAAAAAUAACAGAUGGUGUAAAAUCCACAGGACACAUACAAGCAUAUUUAUAUAAACAUCCUUGACUUAAAUGUUUGUACCCAGCAGAUCUCGCAUGUAAUGAAAUCCAUCAUCUCAGCCACUGCUGCCUUUGGUGAUCCAGAUACAAGAUUACGCAAAACAUAAGGAGCAUGUAUUAAAGCCCAGGCUAACGCUGAAGAAAAGCCAACACAGCCAAAAACAUGGUACUGAAAAAAGUAACUAACAAGGUCUGUUGAACCAUUCCAAUGGUACAUUACAGAGCUUUCAUGAAAUGGGCUAAUGAAACAGCAGGUAAAGAGGGAAGCAUUGCACCACUUUUGGUAAAUUAAACAUUUAGGUUUCCGCAGCAAGGAAGGAAAAAGUGACAAGCUAUAUAAAAAUUAAAAAUAAAUAAGUUGUAAAAAGCAAGAGAUAUGAAAGAUUUAAGCUAUAAAACAUGUAUCAUCUGCAGGUCCAGCUCUCAAAAACACAGAUGAUGUACCAACCAGUGUUUUUUUGCUUUUCAAACAUUGGAAUGUCUACAAUUUUUAAAAGAAAAGCAACUUACUAUUUUGUCAUGUUACCUCAAGUCAUUGCUGAGCUGCAUUUAACACCUCUUCCAGAAGCCCACUAGUUUAGCAUUUACUUACAAAGGAUCUUGUAAUAGGAAAUGCUGAACAGUUAAUCACCAGUAUGGAAUACAUCCAUUUGCAAAAAGCACAAGAAUUUCCAUGUCCCAUAUAUUUGUAUAUAACAACUUUGGAAAGACAUACCCAGGUAAUAAUUUCUUGCAGAAAGUCAUGAAACACAUGCUGUACAUUACCACGGAUAUUCUCUCAAUAUUUACUAAUUUCAUUAACCAACACCUGAAACCAAAAGUGGGUGUAUGUGUGUUUUACUCCACUGGAACAAGAUAUAUUUUUUUUAUUUUAGUAUUUUUUUUUACUUCCAAGACACAAUUCCAAAAUUUGCACUCCUGAAUGUUUUUGAUUAUCAACAUGAGUAUUUUAUUAUCAAAAAUUACAUCUUAUUUUUGGAAAAUCUAAAUUGUUACAACUCUCUGUAAAAACACCAUUGACUUAAAAAUGCAGUAUUCCCUUUCAAAAUGCUGCUGGCAAGUUCACCAAUAAGCAGGGAAAUCAGUGUGCAAGAUUCAGCCUAAAUGCAUUUCAUGUUCAUGAGUUCCGAACAUUCAGAAUGAAAACGGAAAACCUGAUGGGAUAUACAGUAAACUCGAUUUAUGCACACCUGCUUAUAUACAUUCAGGUACAAACAAAAAAAAAAAAAAAAGAAGUGCAGAUAUUUGGUAUUUCAGAGGAUUGUGUUCAGUUUUAACAUUUGUUUUUUCAUUCAAAGGGUUGUGAUGAAAGUGUUGAGUUGGAAAAGGUGAUAGUGUUAACUGUUAUGCCAUCUACACUGUUGGGAAGAAUUAAAUAUCAAAUACCAACACUUCCAAGAUCAUAAACUUGAAUUUAUUGUAAUUAGUUUUUCUGGUACGGUGGAUGCAAAAGUCAAACAUUUUGUGAAGGCUCUAUAAACAAUUUUGUUUAUUUAUUUGUUGGUCUGUUUAAAUCAGUUAAUGAGACAGCAUCUUAAAAGGGACACUGGAGAUUUAACCCAAAUGAACUAUCUGCUUUUACAAUUAACUGUGUACAGAAUGGAGGAGAAAAA